GAGAUACAAGGAAGAGCCCCGCCUCUUUAUUUAGCAGCAACUUUAGCAUCAAACAAUUGCCCAAAGCUGGCUGACAGAUGCAACCCACUGGAACUUUACUGCACGUUUCGGACUUGCAACUCCACAAAUAGCUGGAUAUUUUGGAGAAGCGUGCUUGAUAAGAGCUUCCUGGCCAGGUAGCUUCCAUCAUCACUUCAUACCUUGCCAUGCUUUGGCAUAACUGCCCCACAGAGAUUUAUGACAUAGCGCUUCUCUGGGGCGGUCCUUCAUAUGGCUCCUCGUCCAGAUUCCGGAGACUUCUCAGGUCUUUGCCGCGACCACAUCCUGACCAUCAGCUAGAAUGGCAUCUACAGCUAUACGAUCAGUAUACCAGGCUGAAGCGCUGUUUGGAGAUAAGAGAGGAUACACCGCUGUUGUCCGAUGAGGAUUUAGAGGAACUCAAAGUCAUUCGGGGUGCCCCACUUAACAUUGACGACUUUGACCCAAUUGAUGUCGAAAAGAGGUUCUUCUUUUCCAAACCCACUCGUCACAGAUGGGCAAAAUGGCUGGCCGAACAAUAUCUCGAAGAUGGAGAAGUAUGGCCAGAACCUGAGAAAGAGACGCGUUGGGUCAUAGACGAGAAUGGGAAUCGAAUACCAGACAUUUGUUGUGUCAAUUACUACGCCAAUGCCCUCUGGCAGAUGACAGACGCGUGGAUUGAUGGUGGCACUAUGAAACAUAACCCAUGGUGGAUCGUCAGUCGUUUAUACCCUGUAGAUCCUACUGGGGCCACGGGUUAUGGGAAAGUUUACACAGGUCCAGCAAAUGAGUAUCAUGAGUUUGAGGCAACCUCUACGCUCCUUUAUCAGGGCGGAAGCCGAUACGGACCUAAUCCACAAGUGCCUCAUAUAAUUAUCAUCACGUACGAUACAAUUAUACCCGAUGAUCGAAUCUUAAGGAGCGAAUUGUUACUAGCUGUCAGCAUACUCCGCAGGAACCUUGCUCUAUUUCCAUGGCUCGAGCACCAUACGUUUCCGGUCUUGGUGUUAAGUUUUCACGAAACAGGAGCUCGGAUAUUGCAGAUGCACGCCGAGAAUGGAUACUUCAUAGUCAGAGCCUCUCGUCAGCUGGUAUUUCCUACAGAUGAUGGCAGCAUACCUGCCGACGGCCUCAUCAUGCUUACAUGGAUGCUGGCUGAGCCCAUGGGCGAGACGUCUUUCUCUAAUAUAUCAGUCAAUACCUCCAGUGAAGAAAAAAAAGUUUGUCGACAUGAAGGAGAUCUGAAUGUAGUCUCUACAUUGGGGAUACCGGUUGUUGAUGACACAGACACUAUUCCGCUUAAGCACCGUGCUAGCUAAUGAUGAUGAUUGUUUUAUUGUGAGGGCGAUAUGUAGCGAGUUCCAGGUUUUGACGUACACAACCAACUCUAUUUGGUUGGGCUGGAGAUUUUACUUCAUCUCAGAGAUGAGAGGCAUGUUGGAGCAUUUACCUUAUAAGUACUUGACGAGCUCUUUUCUUUAAGACCAUCAUGCCUCAAAGUCACGAUGUUUCUAAUACCUAUUCAGGUAUCACGAAGUUCCCUUUUGGCAGCUAUCGUUGAGAGACGCCCUCCUUUUAGGCCCAUUGCGACCCAAUCAAU